AUGACUCCAACCUUGGCGUCUCUGUCGUGGAUCCAGAACGCAAAACCGGCAAGCAGCAGGAAAAUGGACAUCAUAGGGAAUGCAAACAGCAGCAGAGUUCUCCGACCGUACUUGUCGAUGUUUCUGAAGGCCGGAAUGGCAAACACCCAGUUGAGCAUACCGAAACCCCACGAUGCAACCAAGGAAUCCCGCAGCGAGAAUCCGGAAUCCCUGAAGAUCGACGACGAGUAG